AUAAGGUAAGCUGAGUGCGGGCGGAGGAAAAGGAAAGCUCAUUACCAGAGGUUGCGAGACAAGUAAGCCAACUAUAUAAAAGUGAACUGUCCUUGUUGGUUUGUGUAUAUAUAUUUUUGUGUAACUACCACCGAUUCAAGAAGAGGAAGCACACCGGAGACAAACAAGGAGUAAGCCUGCAGUUUGAGAAUCACGAAGGGAGUGGGAAUGGCAGAUGGAAAUCAGGAAGGGCAGUGACUUUGACUCAGAGUUUGGGAGCAGAGUGUUUCACGGGGUUCUGACUACGGAAAAAGGAGGCAGGAAAAUGACCUAAUUAGUAAUCAGUGUGACGGACAACCUGGUGCAGAUGUGUUUGUGGUAAUUUCCCCAGUUUCAGCCGCAAGAAAGACAUAUGCGUCGGCACUCAUACACGUACACUAUAUUUACAAAUCCUGCCCUUCCCUUCCUGCCAUUCGUCCCAGUCCUCCAUGGAUUCCUACAACUUCCACUUUGAGAGAAUGAGCAACGUGGAUCUGCAGCAUCUGAGCCUGCCUGUCAGCCGGCUUUCCCCAGCCAAGUCCAACUGUAGCAUCGUCGACCAGCUUGCACACCACCAACACGGCAAAGGAGACUCUGCCUAUAGCUCCUUCUCUGGUGGAUCCACUGCCCCAGACUAUCCAUCUCCCUUUCUUCCAGAGGACCUGCAAUCUAACUCCUUCAGCCACUAUGCUGAUCUUAAGUAUGUAAAGUCUAUUUACCAUCCGACCCAGGUUCUGCAGUCUGACUCAAAGACCAUGGACCAGCUCUAUUGCUCAGUUGAAGCUAUCUCCCAGCAAUACUGCAACAACACCAACACUAAUGUAAACCACCUUAACCAAAAUGGCAAUGACAGUGUCCACACUAACAACAAAACACUCUUGAAAAGAGAGAUGCAAUUGGGGACUCCAGCCCAAAGUUCUUACCCUCAUAUCCGUCCUCCUCCAGUCCCAGCACGUCUGGAUAGUUUCAUAGCUACUAAAAACUUGGAAAACAUCCACCAUCAUGGUACUGAAUCUCAACUCCAGCAGCCACAGCAAAAGGCCAGACCCCAUAUUCGUCAGCCCCAUGAUUUAAAUGCUCUGAAAUCUGAGACAGCUAACGCCGAUACAGGCAACUCAAGCUUCAGUUCUGACCCAGUGUACCCAGUGUGGAGAGGCUCUCAACAGCAGCCACAGGCCCAGGUGCCACCAAGCUACCGACCCCACCUCCAGCCUAAUGAUCAGGGCAGGGUGCCACUGAACCCAGAAUAUCUAGCCAUCAAAGAGAACAAAGCUGCCUCUGAGCAGCAGAAGUCAGCAAACAAUCUAAGCCGAUCAAUUCCUCGAGGCACAAGCCAGCCUGAGCAUCUGACACCCAAAAAGCCCCUGAGCAGUGGUGGAUCGAAUGGAGACCAUUAUAGCAAAGUUAAUAACCGCCAUCUUGAAAGUCAGUGCAAAACGGCACACUCUGCUCAAGACUGGCCUGGUUCAGAGCCAGCCCGAGCUGCUAGCCCCUGGGGGAAUGCUGGUCAGAGUCUUAUCGGCAGCAGCAGCAGCAUUCAGCACAAGGGUCAGUACUACUUUGUCACUGGAGUGUGGAAGGUGUCUGAAUCUGGUUUGAGGACACACUCUGUUUCUGUUUGUGAGUCUGAGGCUGGAAGUGAAGUCUCCACUGUGUUAGAGACGCACAAGCUAAGAGAAAGAUGCCACAGCACAAUGGAUAAUUUAUUUAGACCUCUCCAAGAGAGUUCUCGCUCCUCCAGUGGUACGAUUCCAGAUGAAAGAGAAGUUUUCACUUCUGUUACCCAGGGAAAAGAUUUGAUCACCAGGAGCCUGGACCAGGAGAAUUACAGGCCUUCCCCUAAGUUGACACAGUCCUCUCGAAGCUUUGACGCCUUAGAAGAAAUCAAUUCAAUGCAGAAUCGAGAGAUUGGCCGGCACACUGCCAGCAACCCUAUAUUUUACUGUGGACCUGACAGAAACCUCUCACCACAGUCAACCACACCAACAAAGGAGAUUACAUCACUGAUCACCAAUGAACAGUCCAGCCAUCACAAGAGAGACGAUCAUGCAAAGAGAGGGAAGUGGCAGUCCUUAGGGGAUGUUGCAAGUGAGAGGAUAAACAAGGAAACAACCCCACUUCUGUACCACCUCACUGGUGCCAACAGGGCAGCAUUACAGCCUAAGAAUGAUCCUGGUCUUUAUAUAAAAGGCAAGGAAAUAGUUUUAAACAAAACAGGACAAGGUGAUGCACCAGUAAAUGACAGUGAGCCACCCCCGCAGGGCGACAUUAGCAAGAAUAAUAGAGGUGAUGAUAUUUCAGUUGCCUGUAACACCCUGGAUGACUCAUUUAAAAAAUACUACAAAGAAAAGCUGAAGGAUGCCCAGUCUAAAGUCCUGAGGGAGACCUCAUUUAAGAGGAGAGACCUGCAACUGUCAUGGCCAAACCGCAUCAGGCAAAAACCUGAGCUGAGGCCUGCAGUGAUUCACUCUUUCUCCUCAUCACAGGACUCAGAGACUUCUACCGACACGCUCACUCCUUCUGUGACCUCAGACGGGAUAGAGGAGCGGAGCAUCAAAGAAGAAGACAUCAACGAUGAGACGAAGAUGGACAAAAAGACUGAAAAUGAAAAUGGGAGACCAAUAAAUGUGGCCCAGCCCCAGGUGGCACGAGUCAGAGGCAGGAAGAGACUGACGCCCGAGCAGAAGAAGAUGUGUUACUCCGAACCAGAGAAACUCAACCAGCUUGGCGGUGCCCCAAACCACUCAGCUUGCCGCUCAUUUGGCAAUGAAAAUGAUGACCUAGUUGCAGUUCAGUAUGAGGUAGAGGAGCAGUUUCCGCGAGAAGAGCAGGGAUUGGUUGAAACACGAAGGAAGAUGUUUGAGAAAAGAGGUCGAGCUCUUUCAGCCUCGAAUGUCUCAAAGACAAACCUAAAACAUGUGCGACAUCAGGCCCUGGUGGAGUACAUGGAGCGUAAGACGGGCCAGAAAGUGGCUGAGCCCCAGCAACCAACGCCUCAGAUACCACCUCCACCCAGACAGAGGCACUCUCUGGGAGAAAAACCAUUUGACUGGCCUGGUCCCAGGCCUCUAUCGGGGAAUCAAGAAGUUAAAAAUACAAAGAAGAAGCUCCACAGACCCCACUCUGCAGGCCGAAUUCUUGAUUCCUCCACCAGCUCAAUCAGGUAUGCCCAGUUCUUCUCAGCACAAUCUUGUUCAGGCCAAUAUGCUGGCCAGCAGAAUCAGUCCAGAUGGAGGGAGAGCCAAGGUCCUUCUCAGGGAAAGUCUGCUUCAGCAGAGAGUCUGUUGGACCAGUCAGAACAACCUAGUUUCCUCAGGAACCGUUCCACAUCAACACCACAUGAGCUUCAGGCAAAUGACUAUGAGGAGGUUCUACUACCAGCUAAUACUAUGGAAACCAGCAGUUCUCAGAAGAAUGCCCUCCAGGAAUCCUUGGGAAAGCCAGCCCCUGUGGACCAUAAGCAGGUCCGUGUGAUUUCGCAGAGGGGAAAGUCCAUGGAAGAGCUUGGGGCAUCCCGGUUAACAAAACUGCCUGCCCUGAGUAAAAGUUCUGAACAGCUGGAUCAUCUGUGGAGGUAUUCGAGUGAGGCAGGAGGAUCAGACAGAGACAAGAGGAGCAUUUCAAAUUUUGCUGAAGAAAGAGAAGCCCAGGGGCAGGAAAGGAAGAGGAAGAAACAAAGUGUUUCAGAGCAAACGGGGAAAGAACCAGAGAUUAAUGGUCAGAAGCACACUGAGGGACAGCCACAAAACCAAACCCAGAGAAAAUCCCUGUUGAAGCAGAACUCUGAACCAAGGGAGGAUGCUACAGUCAGAUCAAGGAACUCAAGUGGAUCCAUCUCCCCUGUCCCCUCCUCCUCCUCUUCUCAGGCCAAGGUUCAUCCUGCCUCUCCUGGAUUUCAUGGCACUGUCACAGAUGAAAUCAGGUCUAGUAAACCACCUAGUGAGACUUCCUCUAACCCACCAUCCCCCAGAGGUCUAGAGAUCACUGAGAGGGAGAUCAAAUCCACCUCAUCCACCCCCACCCAGACAAAGAUUCCUUGUGAAAACAGGUCUAGCUCCAGCAGAGGCAGCACAUCGUCUGUGACCGGAUCAGAGAGAGAGCAAUGUGUGGAUGAACCAAGCAGUGAUGGCCAGCCACCCGAUUCAAACCACGAGGUGUCUUUGAGCUGUGGCAUCACCACAGAUCCUUCACUCUGGAUUCUCCCAUCAGAAAAAGAGAUGGAAGAAGAAGUCAAGACUUCACCGCUAACAGACAGUGUUUUCGACUCCACCAGCUCAGUCCCUCUUAAGCAGAUGAGUGAAACCUCUGAGUCUCCCUGCACAUCCGUCUCUGACGCAGACAUCAGUCAUCAGGUGGAAGAGGAGAAAAAUCCAGAAAUAAAAGAUGAGAAUGUGGGAGAAAACCAGGAGAUGGAAGAGAGGGGAACACCAGAAGGAGAGAUGCAGGGCCAGGAGACACCCGCUGAGAGACCUAAGUGGGAGGAGCUCGUAGAAGCGAUUGUCAAAGCUGACCAGUCAUUAGCUAGAGUGCUCUACCCACUAGCCAAUCGUAAGACGGCGCUGAUGCUGAUGGAGCAGCUGCUGUCAGAGGACACGUUGCUCAUGGAGGAGCACUACAAGAAGAAACAAGAGCAGAAAGCAGCAGAACGCAGUGCCGAGAUGGUGGAAGAGUCUGAUCCAUCUCCCCGUCCCGCUGCUUCUGACAGCCAGAAAUCUCAGAGUGCAGACCUACAAAGCGAAGCUGACAUCACGGAGAAGAAGCGUUUGUUAAUGUCUUACAUCGAGACGCGUCUGCGUUCACUGGAAGAAAUGCGUGGUGCCCUCCAGGUAGAGGUUCAGGAGAACACAACCCGUGGGGAGGCACUACAGGUGCUAGUCCGUGAGCGCUGUCUGCCCGUGGAGCUGGAGAGGUACAACCUGUUCAUAGGGGACCUGGAGAGGGUGGUCAGCCUGCUGCUGUGCCUGUCUGCUCGGCUGGCCAGGGUGCAGAAUGCCCUGACCACCGUGGACCAGAACACAGAUGCUGAGGAGAAGCAAUCUCUGGACAGUCGCCAUCGUCUGCUAUGCAAACAGAGGGAGGACGCCAAAGAUCUGAAGGAUAACCUGGACCGCCGAGAAAACCUCGUCUCCACCUUCCUGUCGCGCCAGCUGUCCACCGAGCAGCUGCAGAACUACCGGUGCUUCGUCCAGACCAAGGCGUCGCUGCUCAUCCAGCAGAAGGACCUGGAGGAGAAGCAGAGGUUGGGAGAGGAGCAGCUGGAGGCCCUUACCAACAGCCUGGAUCUGUGAGGAGAAGUUCUGGAUUUGCUUCACUUGCCUAAAAUGAGGAUAGCUUGUUCAAAAAGAGACACAUCUAGAGACAUGUUUGGCUGGUGUUUUGUAGAUGUCCAGCUGAUCUCUCCAAUCCUUUGCACUCUAUCAUGACUUUCUUUGGCAGAGCUACAGGAAGACCCACAAUGCUACUGAUAUCCAUUUGUUUAUAUAAGCAGUACAUGAGGUGAGCAAUAAUGACCGCUGAGACUGAAGGUCCUCACCUUCCUGUCAUCUGCCCAGACUGAUGAAUGGUCACCGUCUCUCCGCCCACCACUGUUUCCAGACUUGUCCCACUGCGGUACUUCUUUCACUUUGAACAGGACUGAACCGUUUUCUUUUUCUUCUUCUGUGUGCCUUGAUGAUAGAUGAAGCUCUGGAACGUUUUCCAUUAGAGCUGCUGUGUGGAAACUUUUUAGCAAUUCAGAAACUGUCUCUCACUUUUCAUAGUCCCACAGCCCUGUAUCUGCACCUGUGGAAACCUACGAAGCUUUAAGAUUGUAUUUGAGCAGCGAGAUGACUUCAGCGGAAAAGAGUAGUCUGAGAGAGGGUGGUGUACUGUAUCAUGUCAGUAAAAUGUACAAUAGAUGUAGAAGAUUUAAUCUUGUUUUUUUUUUAAUGUUCUUAUGUUUAAAUGUGUUUAAAAUUAAGGCACUAAAAACCAAAAAAGGUGAAUGAAAAAAAAAAGCACUUUGUAAAGAUAACUAAAUGCACAUUUCUUCAAAUCAGAUUCAAGAUCAUUUCAAAUGAAAGCCUUACUCCAUCCAUUUAAAGAAUAUUUCUUAUGAUUUUGGGUUUGUUUUAAAUAGGAAUGUUAAAGCGAUCUUUUGAAAAGGUACAUGAGCACACCCAUCAACGUGAAAGAUUGUGUACAAAUGCUUUUCCAGCUAAUUCCAUACGUGUGUUGUUAAAGCAUCAAGAUUUCAUGCUGGAAUAGUUCCUCAUACGGAGGUGCUAAACCUCUUAAAAGCAGAUUAUAAGUAAGCAACAAUUAUAUCACUGAGUAUUUUCCUCCCCAAUGUCCUAUUGUUGCAGAGCUGACACGUAAUACUUGAAAUACUUUUUUUUUUUUUUUUUUUAAAUGAGGAAAGUCCACAAUCUUCACUUCAGGUGUUUUAAACUCGUUUCCUGUUCUCUACCUCCACUGUGUAGCCCCUUCUAAACACGUGACCCUUAGGUUUGUUUCAAUUUACACAGUUUUCUUAAAUUAAAAGACUCUUUUUGAAAAAACACACUUCACCCACACAUUCUAUACUGCAUCUCGGUUUCCCCAUUAAAAUCCAUCAGUUGGUUUUCCAUAGUUUUAUUAAUUUUGUUUUUGCCGACCCGUCAGUCCAAGACUUUGGAGAGCUGUUUAAUAUUGCUGUUUGUCACAGUGGGUGCUGUGUGUGUGUGUGUGUGUGUGUGUGUGUGUGUGUGUGUGUGUGUGUGUGUGUGUGUGUGUGUGUGUGUGUGUGUGUGUGUGUGUGUGUGUGUGUGUGUGUCAUCAUGAAUGUGUUAAUGUUGUGUGUGUGUGUAGAGGUUGAUUGUUGAGCAGAAAGGCAGAACUGUUGGUGUUUGCUGUGUCAGCUUUCAGCAAAACUCCUGUGAAGAUGAUUGAAAUGUUAUCAUCCCUCAGGAAAUUACACCUAUUGGCUAAAAAGGAAAGAAAACCACUGCAUUAGUUGUGUUAUAUGUUAGUUAUAUUUAUGUAAUAAUGACCACAAAACUGCAUCAGCAGUCUCAAAAUGUAAAAAAA